UUCAUUCUUUCGCAAAUUUUCGCAUUGAGCAGAGCUCUUAAAAGUAGAAAAUCAAAAAGUAAAAUUUAAAUUCCUCUCUCUGAGUCGUUGUGUCGAGCAAUCUUUGGUUUUUCGCAUUCCCAUCCUCGCGUGCGUUCCCAUAAUAGUGUAACUGUCACAAGAAGAUAUCGAACGAAGAAAAAAUGGUUCCAGUUACCAAAUCGAACACCAAGGAGGUGCAGUGCCAGCCGGAGACAAAUGUCACUCCGAAGAGCGGCCGCGUGGGCAUCUUCAAUGCGGAGGACUUUUUGUCGCGUGCCCAGACGAACGGCAAGAUCCACAACAUUUUGCGCUCUCCCAACAAAGAUCCCAAUGGCGUGCGCCAGCGAUCGGUGUACACCAACAACAACCCAUCGCCGCAGUGUUCGGCUCGUUUGUCCAGUACGGCUGUGUCGUUAUCAGCUCGGAUGAGCAGCAUGGCUCUGAACAGCGGCAGUGCAAGUGUGGGCACAAAUACUCCUGUGAUUGCUAGGGAAUGGUCUAGCCAGACUAAUGCUAUCGAUGGUAGUGGCUCCUAUCGGACGCUUGGUAUGAACAUGCACCACUCGCAGCCGCUUCUGACCGCUAUUGCAGAUUUAGAGCCCUUGGUUCUGAGCACCAAAUCGUUGACUGCUCGCUUUGCAGGCCCCUUUGGGUAUGAGACUGGUGCUUACUGUCAGCCACAACCGCAACCACCCAUGCACCACACUCAGCAGUUCCCGUCGCCAAUGCCGCCACCACCUCAUGCUCUGGGUCGCGUUAGUUCGCGUACCUUUGAGUUUGAGAAUAGUCCGCCACCACCACCACCCUGUCCUGGCUCCGGUCCGAUUGCCAUGUCCAACGGCACGAUUCAGCUGCGCCUGCGCGAAGGUGUUAGGAUUGAUAUGACUCUGGACAAGGCAGUGCGCGUGUUGAAUCAGCGCAGCAUGGUGGCCGUGGCCUUGUCGCGCAACGGCACAAAUUCUGCUCUGAUCCAUCCAAAUGGCCGGAUUCUGCAGAGCGGCUCCAAGGUGGAGAUUGUCACAUAUGACGGGAUGAAGGCCAACAACUUUGUGCGCUACGCCAAAAUGUGGUACAAGGGAGUGAGUUUCACUAGCGAAUCUUGCGCUUUAAUUUAUCUGGUAGACACCGCUGGAACACGCACCACAACCGACACUUUCACUGACCUGACCAAGGACUACACUCUGGCAGUGUUUUAUGACGACUCACGCCACGGUCCCUCUUUUGUGCCGGAUGCUCAGGAGGUGAUUGCCAAGUCAUCGUACAGUUGCGCAGCCGACGGCACUGAGAUGUACGACAUCAACGGCUUUCGCAUUAUUCAGGCCGCUGAUGGCCUGGUGAAGGUGACUCGCCAACACAACAAGGGCCUCAUUCGCACUAGCCCUGGCAAUGGAUCAGUCACUUUAACCACCCUUGGCAUCCACUGCACCGCCUCUUUGGGCAAGACCUCGCAUCUGUUCUUGCGUCGCAAUGAGAAGCGCAUGCACUUCGAUGGAUCGAAUUUCAUAGUGCGAAAUGCUGGACACUCGGCGGGAUUUAACGAAAACAACCUGCUGAUUGUCUACUAACUUGCAUCCAUCUCAAUCCCAACCGCACACUCAUAAAACACACACACACGAAAACAGACAACAUCCAACGCAGUUUUUAGGGACCGUAGCGCUGCCAUAGCGUAGAGAGGAAUAAUUACUAAAAAUUUUAUAGAGCACAAAAAAAAACUUAAACUAAAAUUAAGGCUCUCAAAAAAGCGCGGGGAACAGUAAAGACAUCCUGACCAUAAAAGGCACAUUAGGAUAAUCGACAGGUGGCUAAGGUGAUAAGGUGGCUCUCGAAUGUCUUUUGUAACCCGACGUAAGCGACGUAAGCAAUGCAACUAAAAAAUGAAUUCGGUUUUAGUUAUCUUUUCGUACUCAAACAUUUUGAUAUCAGUGAAAAUUUUGUAAGAAACCUAUUUUGGGACACGUAUCCACUGCCCUACCUACUACUUGAAAACGCUGACCCUUUUGGCAAAAUAGAUGGUGCCGGGGUUUUACUUUUUAAGGCUCAUUUUUCUUCAACAAACUGUCAAUAUAAUGACUAUAUGUAUGUGUAACAAUAAGUAGGCAGUGGACUUUAGAGGUGGCUGUCCCUCGGAAUGCUGAGCCGAUCUUAUGACAGUAACAGUGCCAGUGAGAAAUCUAGUUACAAGUUCAAAUAGCUUUUCAUGACACACACACACAUUUCUCAUCUUUUUCAAUACGGGGUUCUAAGUGCAUACAUCACAGCCUAGGCUCAAUGAGCCUUAGGACAAUCCUUCACGAAACGAAAUUUAUGUAUGUAACUAAAUCGUCAAAAGAAUAAAUAUAGAACGGAAAAAAUUAUGCAACUUUAUUUAAUAUUGAUCAGUCAUAAAAUAUUAAAUUCGGGAACUUUCUAAGCGUUGCAAGGGUUGCUUAGUUUUCCUUGUGCAUAGAUUUCGAAAAUCAGCUCUUAAACUUAGUGCUGUAAAGUGUAACGGUAUUUUGAUGUAUAUACCAGCAUUAUUUUGUAUUUGGUUUGAAGUAUUUCCACAUGAACAUGAUGCUGGUCACAUUAAUAAGUAACAAAUUAUAAGUUUUGAUACUAUCAGACUGGCAGUUCAGAUCCGUAUUGAGAGUAAAGCACGUUUAGAAUAUUGGAACAAAUGUUUUGCUUUAGUCGAAUAUAAGCAGUAAUUUGAAUAUGCAGCCGAGAAGUGUACAACAAUUGCCAAUUAUACAGCUCAACAACUUGAAACUUGUCAAGUGCUGGUGGAAUAAAUGCGUUUUCCAACACAUUUUUGCUAAGGCUGCUUUUGGAGCAAAGUAGGCGACGGUCACGCCAGAAAAGAUGACUAGCUAAAGGACAGCAGCUGUGGCAAUUCAUUCUUUCACAAAUUUUCGCAGUGAGCAGAGCUCUUGAAAGUAGAAAAUAAAAAAAGUAAAAAUUAAAUUCCUCUCUCUGAGUCGUUGUGUCGAGCAAUCUUUGGUUUUUCGCAUUCCCAUCCCGCGUGCAACUCCGUUCCCAUAAAAGUGUAACUGUAAUUUUAAGUCACAAGAAGACAUCGAACGAAAAAAAAAAAAAUGGUUCCAGUUACCAAACCGAACACCAA